AGUUCCUGCGCUGUGGCCUCUGGGUCGUGUCCAGCGCGAUCGCGGGGUCUUAGACAGCUCAACUCGCCGAGAUGGCCUGGGCACCUCUGCGCUGAAACGGCAAAUUCUGAUCAAGCCGCAUUUAUUCUGCCUUCAGGAACUCUUAAGUCUAGCAGAGAAGAUGAGGCGGUAGAAGUUCAUCAGUCAGUGCCCGAAGAGAGAUGGCUUGGCUGGAGGACAAGCAAAUUGAGGACAUUGGCAACGGAGUGAUCAAAAUGAUAGAUCAUGAGGCCUAAAACGAAUAAGGAAAGAAGAGAAGUGGGAGAAGCUGAGAACAGAAAGAGAGGGUGGAGGGGCUGUAAAUCUUGAAGAUUAGGGUGUAAUAUGAGUAUAUGAGUAAGAAUUGGAAGAAUUGUAUAGGAGGCAGAAGUCAAAAAGUAGAAGCAGUUUGGAAGAGUAGUUACAAAUAUCAAGAGCCAGGUGGCUAAAAGAUGGAGCUAUAGGUCAUGGAAGCUCAAGAAACUGAGUCUCCAGGGCAUUGGUUAAGUCAUCUGUCUAGACUUCAAAGUUGUCUAGGAUGGUAAUUCAGAAGACUGUGAUCUGUGCCAAAGUCACAGGUUUUUCACAACUGAAAAUAACAUAGCAAAAUAAGCCAAGAUGUCUGUGGAUCCAAUGACCUACGAGGCCCAGUUCUUUGGCUUCACGCCACAAACGUGCAUGCUUCGGAUCUACAUUGCAUUUCAAGACUACCUAUUUGAAGUGAUGCAGGCUGUUGAACAGGUUAUUCUGAAGAAGCUGGAUGGCAUCCCAGACUGUGACAUUAGCCCAGUGCAGAUUCGCAAAUGCACAGAGAAGUUUCUUUGCUUCAUGAAAGGACAUUUUGAUAACCUUUUUAGCAAAAUGGAGCAACUGUUUUUGCAGCUGAUUUUACGUAUUCCCUCAAACAUCUUGCUUCCUGAAGAUAAAUGUAAGGAGACACCUUAUAGUGAGGAAGAUUUUCAGCAUCUCCAGAAAGAAAUUGAACAGUUACAGGAGAAGUACAAGACUGAAUUAUGUACUAAGCAGGCCCUUCUCGCAGAAUUAGAAGAGCAAAAAAUUGUUCAGGCCAAACUCAAACAGACAUUGACUUUCUUUGAUGAGCUUCAAAAUGUUGGCAGAGAUCAUGGGACUAGUGAUUUUAGGGAGAGUUUGGUGUCCCUGGUUCAGAACUCCAGAAAACUACAGAACAUUAGAGACAAUGUGGAAAAGGAAUCGAAACGACUGAAAAUAUCUUAAUUGCUCAGUCAAAAGGAGGAGCCUGUCAAAAAGUAGAAUCAUGAAGAAUUUAUACGAGUGACUGUUCAAACCAACCAUACUUUUUGUUAGAUUUGCUUUGUCAACUCUUGUAUUCUGUGUCUUCCUCUUUUUUGGUCCACUUUCCUGAGGUAUGAAGUGUACUACUUUGAACUAGGCUGAAGCAUCUGUUCCUUAGAGUCUUCUAAUAAGUGGGAAGGGAUCAAACAAAGAAGCCAUGGCCAGUUAAAGAUAUUUGCAGAGUUAUACCUUGGUCAUAAGUCCUUUGUGACCUUGAUUAUUUUGGCUUACUCUUUGGAUGAGACCAGACAAGAAAAGGGUUAAACAGGUGGCUCCUUUAGUAUUAUUGUUUUUGAGACAAGGUCCCCUUCUGUCACCCAGGUUAGAGUAGAGUUCAGUGGCACAAUCUUGGCUCACUGCAACCUCUGUGUGCUGGGCUCAAGUGAUCCUUCUGCCUCAGCCUCCCAAGUAGCUGGGACCCCAGGUGGGUGUCACCAUGCUUGGCUAAUUUUUUUUUGCAGAAACGAGGCCUCACUAUAUUGCCCAGGCUAAGUGGCUCUUUUAUUAACUAGUCAUUACACUGCGGGACAGCCAACAUAGAGUACUUGCUCUCGCCCUGUAAAUUUUCUUACGUAAGGGAGUCAGUAUGUAGUGGAAAGAAGCAUGUAGCAAAAAAGACAACCUUGAUCUUUAAUAAAAAAGAAGUUGGUUAUUUCCAAAAUAAAUCCCCUGACAAAAAACCUGGUGAUGUUAAGCAAUCGACUGUCUUAGAGUCCAGCAGGAGAAGACCUUAGACAAAAAAAGCAGAACCCACUGGAAUAGAAAAGGAAGCAUGUAGCAUAUACUCAGUAAUGAAAUUUAAUUUUACUGACUGUUGGGUAUCUAUGCCAAUUUCUUUUCAUACUUCAGUUGGUUUUGGAAUCUGCCUUAUACCUAAUAUUUAAUUAUUUAUUCACACUCAUAAGCAUCAAAUAUUUAAUGCCCUCAGUGGGAAAUUUGUGUUUAAACUCAAUGGAAUCUAAUACUUCUUGAUGUCAUUCGUCCCUGUAAAAUGUUAGGUCACCCAAGGAAAGGGGAGAAAUAGCAAUGGUUGUUCCUAAGGUAUUGCUUGCCCUUCAUGUCUUCCUCAAGAGCAGAACUUGGAGUUUCUCCUUUUUGUAGAGAAGAAGUAACUUAGGGUGUAUUUGCAAUGAAAUAUUCAUAGAUAUUGAAAGCUUGUGUUUCCAUGAAAUAUGUUAUUAUCAAGAAGUCCUUUUUCCAAUUCUGUACAUUAAAUAUAUGUGUUUUAAAGGG